AUGAAAGAUCAUCAUGUCUGCCAAGAACUAAUUCCAUCAGAAAAUGGCGGUUUAGAAAAGGGCAAAGACAUUCUUGAUAUUUGGUUUGACAGUGGCACAACAUGGUCAAAAGUUCUCGACGGAAGAAAAGUGGCGGAUUUAUAUUUAGAAGGCGUCGAUCAAUUUACGGGUUGGUUUCAGUCGUCUUUGCUCACUUCCGUGGCAAUAAGGGACAAGGCGCCCUACAAAUCUAUUUACGUGCACGGUUUCGCUGUCGACGAAAACGGCAGCAAAAUGUCGAAGUCGGUUGGGAACGUCGUGGAACCGCUGGAAAUCCUCAAGGGAGGGAAAAAGAACAAACCUUACGGAGUGGACGUGCUAAGGCAAGUUUUGCCUCGUUAG